AUGUCUACUGUCCCAAGUGUUCAAACUUUUGGUAAGAAGAAGUCAGCUACUGCUGUUGCUCACGUUAAAGCCGGUAAAGGUUUAAUCAAGGUUAACGGUUCUCCAAUCACUUUAGUUGAACCAGAAAUCUUAAGAUUCAAGGUUUACGAACCAUUAUUAUUAGUUGGUUUAGAUAAAUUCGCUAACAUCGACAUCAGAGUCAGAGUCACUGGUGGUGGUCACGUUUCUCAAGUUUACGCUAUCAGACAAGCCAUUGCUAAGGGUUUAGUUGCUUAUCACCAAAAAUACGUUGAUGAACAAUCUAAGAACGAACUAAAGAAGGCUUUCACUUCUUACGACAGAACCUUAUUAAUUGCCGAUGCUAGAAGACCAGAACCAAAGAAAUUCGGUGGUAGAGGUGCUCGUGCUAGAUUCCAAAAGUCUUACCGUUAA